AUGGCGAAUGGUGCAAGCUGUGUAGGCAUAGCGGUUGCAUCGAGCAAGUCUUAUGCGGAGAGCGGGACGGCAAAGAAGUGCGCAGCAUGCCUCAAGACAAGUGCCCGGACAGAGUUCCCACGUAUCACUCCAACAACUGCGUGCGAGCAUGAAGUCGAGAUAUGCACCUCCUGUGUGCGCCGAUGGUUCAAGGCGUCCGUGAAUGGGAAAUACCAACCUCAAGUCCGAUGUCCGACAAGAACAUGCGGCAUGGUGUUGGUUGGAAACGCCGAAUUAAUGCUGGGAUCCAACAAGGAAGACUACAACCGCUAUCGAUACAUCCACACGCGCAUUUCUCGGAGCUCGAAUCCGGAAUGGAAGUACUGCCUGAACCCCGCCUGCGAGUCCCAAGGACAGCGACAUCCACCUCCUCCUUCCAAGGGCGAAGAUGCACCACCACCAUCCGACAAGAUGUGCUGCCACACCUGCCAUUCCUAUUCAUGUACGAAGUGUGAUCGGCCGUGGCAUGAAGGAUUGACGUGCGAGGAAUUUCAGGAGAAACGGGCGGACCAUGGUCGGGAAGACGAGAUGAGCGACCUGCUGAAGUGGAAAAUGAAGGCCGAUGGGAGGCUACAGGCGUGCCCAAAUUGUGACUGCCUGGUCGAAAUCUGUCCAACAACAAAGGAGCUCAGCUGCAUCAGAUGCUUGCAUAACUUCUCCCUGGGGAAGAGCGAUGUGCCCGAGAUGGGGAUGCCUGCUGUGACAGAGCCUGUGGCGCCAGAGCCUGUGGUACCAGGACCUGUGGUGGUGCCAGAGCGGAAGGAGAGACAGUCGCAAAAGGACAGAAAGGUGACGUUUUCGAUACCAGAGGAGCGCUUAGAGGCAGCUCCUGUGGCGCAGAACGUCUGA